AGAUAAUUGGAGUGCUGAAUGCUAACCUAGAGAGAGAGAGAGAGAGAGAGAGAGAGAGAGAGAGAGAUGGGUCUAUUGUCAAACAGGAUUUCCAGGGAGGAGCUCCAGCCGGGAGAUCACAUUUAUGCUUAUAGAAAAGCGCAUGCAUACUCCCACCAUGGCAUAUACGUUGGGGAAGGUAGCGUUAUGCAUUUUGUCAAAACAAAGAGAAAAGGGAAAACAAGUAGUAAGAGAAAGCCUCGAUGCAGCGACUGCAAGAACGACCCAAACACGGCACGCGGAGUGGUAAAAACCUGCGUCGAUUGCUUCCUGAAAGGUCACGGCCUUUUUCGAUUCGAAUACAACGUGUCUCACGAUCGCUUCAAUAUCAAAAACAAAGGGACUUGCAGCACUGAGAGUUGUUAUCCGGGAGGCGAAACGGUUCGUCGUGCCUCAGAGAUUUUCGACAAGGAUCCGACUCAUGGGACGGGUUUCGGUGAAUAUGAUUUGCUUAAAAACAACUGCGAGGACUUUGCCAGCUAUUGCAAAAGAGGCACGAACGUGAGCGAGCAGGUUGUGAGGGUUUCGUCUGUGGGGAAUAGUUUUGCAGAUUCAUCAAAUAGUAGUAGUACUAGUAGUGCUGCUUCUCCAUCCGGAAUUGAUGAUGCUGCUACUUCCAAGACUGCUUUUCUUAUUUCCAAGGCUACUUCUUUCUUUUCUUCUGUGUCUUGAUUCUGUUAGACCGUGUCAUGUAUUCCUCUUUAGAUACAACUGUUCAAUUUGUAUACUCAGUCAAAAACUCUUAUCCAAUAGGAAUGACUAGAUAUUGCCGAUGCCCG